AUGCUGCUAACCAUUAAGAAUCGUGAGAUAGUAUUAUUAUUAUUAUUUGGUCUGUCGACAAUUCAAGUUGGGUUAAAAGCUGUUAACAUACCGGCCUGUUUUAAAGAUAUAAGUGGAAUUUUUUUAAGAAAAUUUAAUGAUUCCAAUGAUUAUGCACUAAACUUCUUCUUUCCAUUGGGCGGUGCCCUCCAGUUAAGCUCUACUGAAAAGCUGAAUGCAGGUCAAUUUUUCAGUGAUCAGAGUGGCUUCUAUGAGUGCACAAAACAAUUGGGGAAAAUCGUGCUAUCAUUUCAUGGUGUGUAUUUCCAAGAAUCGGGUAAUAUGAGUGUCGGCUUGACUAAAGCACAGGCCAUAUGUCAGGGUGCGAGUGACGAUUGCAGUGAUAGGGAGGUUCAAUGUUCAAACGGAACAGUAACUACUCAGUUUUACAAACUCGAAGAGCCAAAUCCGAUAACUGGAAGCUAUACAAAUCCAAUAUCACCAAUAACCACAAGGUAUUUCGAAUCCCAAAGACUCUACACACAUCCGACAGUGACAUCGGUAGCAGAUGAUCAGUGCUACAGUGAAAUGAGUGGUGUUUACGUAGUACAAUACUCUGAUGGAACCUACGGUUUAGUCGCUCUCACUGCCUUAGGCUACUUGUUCAGUGUCACAUCCAAUGAAAGAAGAAAAGGUGGUCUGCAUAAUCGUGGUACAAGCGUCGGUAUGUGGUCUUGCAGUGAUAGUCAGUCGGUCAACGGAAUCUCCAACUAUUUCACCUAUCCAGUGAACAAGCAAACAAACGGUCAGAAAAUCGUUUCGACCACAUUCUAUUUUCAAUGUCCAACUUCAUCACAAUAUGAUUAUUGCACUGGAAUACAACAAGAAAUCUAUUAUCCACUUCAAUAUCAGCGUUUGCCGUUUCGCAAUGGUGUACUAUCUGCUUCUCCUCCAACAUUCAUAACAAGUCGACUUUUGUCUAGCCCAGCAAUAAAAACAUGUCAUCAAACAUUUUCCGGUGUAUAUGCUUUCAGUUUCAACAUUACAUCACCGUACCAUUAUAUUGCUCUCAAUUCGUACAUUCUCUAUCGUAAUGCUUUGUUAUUUUCUGGUGGUAUAAAUGAAAACGAUCAGACAGACCCGACUGGAAAUGUUCUUGGAAUCUGGGAUUGUAAUCCCAACGGAGAAUUAACCUUAAAUGAGAUCUUUUUUGGUUUUACGACAUCCACCACAAAGCCAGAACCAGUAUUGAUUGCACCGAAGAUUGUAUUAACCUGCAAAAACGAUCAAUGUAACGGUCCAUAUAUCGAUCGCAAUUACGUUUUGCAAUUACCAGUCAAGAAGAGCUUUCCUGGUGGUCCCACUUUAACAGUUUAUGGAACAGUGUAUGCAAGAAAAUUAAACUAUAACGCCUACUAA